GCCGACCUGGCCGCGCUGCUCUCCGCCAUCGGUCUGCAGAAGUACCAGCCGAUGCUGGAGCGGCAGGAGGUGGACCUGCAGGUGUUCCUGGUGAUGACGGACGAGGACUUGAAGGAGGCGGGCAUCACGCUGCUCGGGCCGCGCCGCAAGAUGACUAGCGCGAUCGCACGCUGGCAUCGUAACGCGCCGCUCACUCCUGGCCCGGAGCGCGCGUACGCUGACCGCGUGGCGCGCGCCAGCGAGGAGACGGAGCGCAGGCUGCGCGAGGCGGCCGGCCGCCAGCAGAGCAGCGACUGGAGUGUCAGCCAAGAGCACCAGCUGCGCGCGCUCACCGAGACCCUGCUGGUGGAGGAGCGCCGCCAGCUGGUUGUUACCGGCUCCGUGAUCCGAAGGGUGAUGUAG